CAUGGUUAAACUAAUUAACUAAUGUCACCAUUGAAUUAAACAGUAAUAGUUGAUUACGAAAGAUAAUUGAAAAUUUUGCUGUUUACUAAAGAGAAUAUUAAAAAACUUGUGAGCACCAUUGAGAAUUCAAAAUAACAUCUCGAAAUAACGUCCAGGUCACACACUAAUUACCUAGUUAAUUAAGUCCAAUAGUAUUUCCUCUAAACUUCAAUCUCUUUCUGAAAUAAACCGAAAAAAAAAAGAAAUACUCGUCUAGUCGUUUGUGAUGAACAAGUGUGUGCUUGUGGUUUAAUAGUGGCUAAUUUUGGUGUGAAGAAAUUAAUGGUACAUUAUUUGGCGUCGUCACCUCUUUUUUGAGUCAAUGCGGUCGGUUUACUCAUCAUCAACAACAAAACCCUUGAACAAUUAAACCCACCGCUUUCUCCUUCGUGUUUCUGUUUUCACUAUUUUUUAUUGUUGAUUUUCAAUUCUUCUUCCUGCCUUCAUUCUAUUAAGCGACGUCAUUUUACUACUUCAGAGAAGAUGUUUUCUAGAGGAUGUUCCCGGGUUUCAAGGACUGGGAUGAAUCCAUUCCGGUGGCGUUAUCCUUGUGUAACUGUUUCUAGUCCAGCUGUUGCUGCAUACCAUAGAUUGCUCUCCUACUCUAAUCCCACAAUUACUCCUCCGAUGUUCAAGUAUGCUUGGGGAUCUACAGAACAUACACUUUGCGGUUUUCGUUAUGAUGCAAGACAUCAUAUUCAUAAUAGUGCAACGUCCACAGUUGAGGAUCAGUCGGAUCCAUUUUCCCUUGUUGCUGAUGAGUUAUCAAUCCUAGCUGAUAGAUUACGGUCAAUGGUGGUCGCAGAGGUCCCUAAGUUGGCAUCUGCUGCUGAAUAUUUCUUCAAAAUGGGAGUAGAAGGAAAGCGGUUUCGCCCCACAGUUUUAUUAUUGAUGGCAACAGCGUUGAACAUGCCUGUAUCAGUGUCUUCUGCUGAUAGACUAUCACCCGCCAGCGUAGUUGAUAAUUUGGAAACACAACUUCGUCGAAGACAACAGUGCAUUGCUGAGAUCACAGAGAUGAUCCAUGUGGCAAGUCUUCUCCAUGAUGAUGUAUUGGAUGAUGCUGAUACUAGACGGGGUGUUAGUUCAUUGAACUCAGUGAUGGGGAAUAAGUUGGCAGUUCUAGCAGGUGAUUUCUUGCUCUCUAGGGCCUGUGUAGCUCUAGCAUCUUUACAUAAUACUGAGGUUGUAACACUACUAGCUAAGGUUGUAGAGCAUCUUGUCACUGGUGAAACAAUGCAGAUGACAACAACAUCUGAGCAGCGUCUAAACAUGCAGUAUUACAUGGACAAGACUUACUUCAAGACAGCCUCAUUGAUAUCAAAUAGCUGCAAGGCAAUUGCUCUUCUUGCGGGGCAAACUGCAGAAGCUGCAACGUUAGCUUAUGAGUAUGGGAAAAAUCUGGGACUCGCAUAUCAACUGAUAGAUGAUGUUCUUGAUUACACUGGCACAUCUGCAUCACUUGGAAAGGGCUCACUUUCUGAUAUUCGUCAUGGGAUUGUCACAGCUCCUUUGUUGUUUGCCAUAGAAGAGUUUCCACAGUUGAGUGAAGUUGUGCAGCGAGGUUUGGACAACCCUGCUGAUAUAGAUCUGGCUCUUGAUUAUCUUGGAAAAAGUCAAGGGAUACAGAAAGCAAAGGAAUUAGCACUGAAGCAUGCAAACCUUGCAGCUGAAGCUAUUGAUUCCCUUCCUGAGAGUGAUGACGAGGAUGUUAGAAGAUCAAGGCGUGCACUUGUAGAUCUUACACACAGAGUCAUAAACAGAACUAAGUGAAUAAAGAUAUGGACGAUUUUGUUUGAUUUAUUUCUGUCUUCAUGUAUAAUGGGGCAAUCUCAAGGUUAGCCUCAAUAUUCUUUCACAAGUUUAAGUUAUUUUCGUUUGCUGCGGUUCAAAGCAAAGGCGUAUGCAUAAAAGUUUUAGUUAGACAAUAGUGGAUAAAGAUGUACGAGUAAUGAACAUAGCAAAAUUAAUGCCUUUAUUAUUAUUAUUA